GAGUAUAAAAGACUAGCGAUGCACGUUGUUGGUUAUCAGUUCGCGGUUUGCGCUACCAAUACCAACUACCUCCACCACAGCCUCACGCAGUGUGCUUAACGAGCAGUUCGACGAUGUAUACUACCGAGAGCCUCAUUCUCCUGGUCGUCCUGGGGUGCUUGGGCAGUGCCCGUGCUGGAGCCGCUCCACUUCUGCCUUACGGUGCCGUUGCUGCCGCUUACGACGGUGGUCUCGCCCUCGACAACUACCACGGCGUCGGCGCCGCGCCUCUCUACGCCCCGGCAGCUCAUGGAAAACUCGUCUACGGCGCCCCGGCUCUGGGAUACCAACAACCGAUAGCUGCCUACGCUAAUGCCGGUUACGGUAACGCCGGCUACGGUAACGCCGUCUACGGUGGAUAUCCCGCUGUCUACAGAGGACACGGACACUACGCCGGGGAGUACGAUCACCACGACGAUGAUGGACACCACGGAGAUCACCACGCCUACCCGAAAUACGCCUACAACUACGGUGUGAACGACCCGCACACCGGUGACGUCAAGUCGGCCUACGAGGAGCGCGACGGCGACGUCGUCAAGGGCUCCUACAGCGUCAACGAACCCGACGGCACGAUCCGCGUGGUCGAGUACACCGCCGACGACCACAACGGCUUCAACGCCGUCGUCAAGAAGAUCGGACACGCCGUCCAUCCGGCACCGAUCCACGCGGCUGCCCCCGUCGCCCAUGGCUACCACGGCUACGACAGGAAAUAAUUGCGAUCGAUCAUUCAUCGCGAUUCCACGACGCCGAUGAGUUGCGCAAAAUUCGAGCUGCUCCGCUCUUGAGCGCUGUCGAUCUGGCAUUUAGCAAAUUUUGCUGCCCCGAUGCGCUCUGCACGGGAGCUCGCGAGAGUUUUAGCGCGCGUGUAUGUUUAUUAUUAUAUAUAGGUUGUAUACUUGACGCGUGACGCUCUGUCGUCCUGUGCACGCGUGCGCAGGUGACAGGAGCUGAGAGAUUCCCUUCCCAAGAGUAUUAUUUAAUUUUAGUUUUUUGACGGCGCUCCGUGCACUGUGUAAGCGCUCGGGAGAGCGCGACUUCUUUUUCAUCGAGUUGAAUAAACUAUUUUUACAGAAAA